AUGACCUACAGCUCUUGGUCUCAGAUCAGCUUAAGUGUCAUUGCAAAUGUGACCUUUAAUGUGCAACUGACCUGUGACAUGCUCUUGUUUUUCUUCUACAUCUAUUCAGGGAACCUUCAGAAACCCAGCAUCUGGGCUCAUCCAGGCUCUGUGGUCUCUUCAGGGAGUUCUGUGACCAUCUGGUGUGGGGGUCCCCUUCAAGCCCUUACAUAUGUGAUUCAUAAAGAGGGAAGCCCAGAAGCCAGCCACAUAGAGACCCAAGUAGACCACAAUAACAAGGCAAAUUUCUCUAUCCCAUCUGUGUCCAGUCUGAAUGCAGGGAGAUAUAACUGUUACUCUUACAGCUCUGAUGGCUGGACAGAGCGCAGUGACACCCUGGAACUGGUGGUGACAGGUGUCCAUGAUGGCAAACCUACUCUGUCAGCUUUGCCCAGCCCUGUGGUGACCUCAGGUGGGAAUGUGACCCUUCAAUGUAUGUCUUCCAAAGAAUACGAUGGGUUCAUUUUGACUGGAGCAGAUCUGAAGUUCCCCACGUCACAAAAGACACAGUUCACAAAUCAAACAAAGUUCCAUGCUCUGUUUCCUGAGAUCUCUGUGACAUACAGCAAGAAAGGGCCCUUCAGAUGUUAUGGAUACCAUACAAAUUCCCGAUAUGUAUGGUCAGAGUCCAGUAACCUUCUGGAGAUCCAUGUCUCAG